AGCUGUUUGUAGCAGCAUGUAAUGACAAGUUUCGGGUUCCAAACAUUAUUAUGUCGUUGUACGCUAAUCAUGGCUCAUACCCUGAACCAUGGCAGGUAUUUAUAUGCAGAACAACAACAACAGCGGAAGAACUUACGCUAUUUAUAAAAAGAUGUUUUUUUGCGGCAGCAAACGGCUACAAAGAUUGUUUGUACUGCAUUGCUAACUUGGAGUUUCUUGAAUUUGAGCUACAAUACAAUCUCGUUAAGGACAUAAGAACGUUGCUUGAACGAGAAAAGAAUUAUAAAUUGGCAUUAAUAUGUUACAGAGAGCGUGGUAUCCAUCACCACAUUCUCGACCAAUUUUCAAAUCAUGUAUACAGUACAAUAGGUCUCGAGGAAGCUUCCAUGAAAAAUAUGUACAGAGAACUCUGCCCAAAUGUGGCGUGUAUAUCUUCAGAUCUAUCUGGUCAGGGUAAAACAGAAUAUGUCAAACAAACUCGUAUGAAGGCGGAGUCAAUUCCAAAAAGCGUACUGAUAAGUGAUAGCAUGCAUUACGAUCGACUCGUGCGUCAAUUACACGAAUGCAGACUGAAAAGCUUAGAGAGUUUGCACCUGAACAUUGUUUCUGUUGACAAUACUGCAGAAGUCAACAUGUUUAUUUUUGAGUUUCUUACGCUUGGGAUGAUUUCCAACAAAGUACAUAUUGCUACUCUUCCAAAGCAAGUCUUAAUUGAGAUUGCAUCAACCGUGGAUCAAUAUUUGCUUGAGUCAUUGCCAAUUAUCAAAUGUUUACCCCGAAAGCACCUUACCUGGAACAUUAACAAUUUUAUUGUCUCAAGCGAAGUCCACAGUCCAAUUCAGAUUGUUUGUCGCUAUUUGGACAUCUACACGAAACAGACGAUUGAUGAUGAUGAUAUCUUUUUCGACGAACCUGUAGCCAAGCAAUUACCACACGCACGUUGUCGCGAACUCAUACAAGAGUACUUUUUUGCAGAUAACCCGGAGACAAUUGCGUCUUAUCGUUUUGUAGAGAUUUUCGUUGGUGUUCUUGCUGAUCAAUUAGUUCGCUUAUCCUCAAGCUCUUUCUUUCGUGUUGAAAAUCUCAAGUUGAUGAUGCGAAAUUCAGAUGUACGAUCAACGCUACUUGAGACUCUAUUACGCGUGUCAAAAGAUUUUGCGACACGUUCGGUUGAAAGCAAAGCCGCACAGCUAGCAUCGACGGCAGCAGACGCGGAUAAUGCUCGAUUGGCUACAAUAGUCAAAUGGGAUGACUCGAAUCAUUUGUUAGUAUUUUUCUUAUCGCAAACAUCAGAUUAUAUUUGCGCUCUUUACCGUGAUAGAGCUAAGGUACCAGACAAUGUCAAACGUCUUUUAUGGAGCCAGAACGCAUCAGAUUGCGCACAGUUAGAAACAUUUAAACUAGAAGACUAUCACGAGAUGAAAACUCAAGUUUUGCAGGAACGCCUGGAAUGUAUCGCUCGUACAUCGAUGGAGAGGCAAAAUUUUUCUUCUUACGCCUUAUCAGCUGAUAAUCUUAUAAAAAUGGCAUUAAUAUUACUGCGAGCACGUGCGAGCAUACCGGUUGUGGUGUGUGGGGAAGCUGGAUGCGGCAAGACGAGUUUGAUCGGUUAUUUGGCCGAAGUAGUGGGUGUCAGAUUCUGUAACCUCUCACUGCAUGCCGGUAUUGUUGAGAGCCAGAUUCUCACGUUUAUGAGCGAAGGAGAUAAACUUGCUGGAAAAGGAGAAGUGUGGUUAUUCUUUGAUGAAAUCAACACUUGCAACCACAUUGGUCUUUUGGCGGAUCUCAUAGCUCACAGAAUGUUGUUGGGAACGCCAAUACAUUCAAAUAUUCGUCUGUUUGCUGCUUGUAAUCCUUAUCGAUUGAGCAUAGGUAAUGAUAAUGUAGCAGGGCUAGCGAAAAGACGAGUCUAUCAGGAGCAAAGUCAACUCGUUUAUCAAGUACAUCCUCUUCCUGAUCAAAUUCUUGACUACGUCUGGGAUUUUGGCGUGCUCAAAAUCGAAGAUGAACAGAUGUAUAUUAAAAUUAUGAUUAAGAACCAGAUUGGCGUCAGAAGUGAUUUAAUUAUGGUUGAGAGUCAAAAAAGUAAGGUUGACGUCAUAAGUGAUUUGAUUUUUGAAUCGCAAAAGUACAUACGUGAGAUCGAAGGACCUCAAAGCGUAAGCUUGCGAGACGUUCGAAGAGCCAUCAGAUUGAUUUUAUGGUUUCACAAAAGUCUCCAAGAUAGGCUUAAUUUGAAGAAGAGCGGGGUGAGGGGAGGUCGGGCGAAUAGUGCACAUUAUCCGCCAGAAGUCAAAUACCUUUUAGAGCGUAGUAUUGUUUUAUCAUUGGGACUUUGUUAUCAAGCUCGGCUUUACGAUCAGGGUGAGAGAGCAGAGUAUCGUAAACAGAUGGCUCGUAUUUUCGAGAAGCACAAGGUUCGUCUGACCGCUGAAGACUUUAAACGAUACCUUAAGGAGGAGCAGAAUGAUUGGAUGCACAGAAUGGCACGUCCACCCGCUACUGCCCUUAAUGAGGCACUGUUGGAAAAUGUGCUUGUAAUGAUUGUUUGUAUUAUGACGAGAAUUCCAGUUUUUAUUAUUGGAGCACCUGGAAGUUCCAAAUCUUUAGCAAUAAGACUUGUCAGCUCUAAUCUUCGGGGAACUGAUUCUAAGGAUGAGUAUUUUAGAAAACUACCACAGGUUGUUACAAUUUCACAUCAAGGAUCAUCUUCCUCUACAUCCGAUGGUAUUCUGAAAGUUUUCCAGAAGGCAGAAAAAAUACAGAAGACAAAAUCCGAUAACUUUAAUUUACAGACAGUAGUUCUUUUAGAUGGAGUUGGUCUAGCGGAAACGAGUCCAUUUAAUCCCUUGAAGGUUUUACAUGCGCUACUUGAACCCAGUUAUCCUAAGGAUGGACCAGAGGUGUCGAUAAUCGGUAUAAGUAAUUGGAGAUUGGACAAUAGUAAAUCGAGUAGAGCAUUACUGGUUCAGAGACCUCAAUUGAGCAAAGAGGAUCUUGUGGAGACAGCUCUCUCUCUUUUGUUGAAAGGCGAACGCAAAUCAUCAAUUGAUAUGAGCAACCGCAAAAUAGAAAACCUUACUGCAGCCUACACAGAUUACAAAAAAAACCAGAAAUACCCCAACUUCCAUGGUCUUCGUGAUUAUUAUGCUUUAGUCAAAAGUUUGAGCAGAGGGAAACUUACUAUGGAUUCAAUACAAUUGGCCCUCGCACGAAAUUUCGGGGGCACUGAUCAAAUGAAAGCAAUAUGCGAAGAUUAUUUUGGGAACGUGUUGAAGGAAUCCGGUAGACUGUUCGAUUACAGCUAUGAUCCAAUACCAGUUGAAAAAUUAAUUGACGAGAAUCUUCAUGAGCAAGAUGCUAGACCUUUAAUGAUAAUUGGAAAAAGUGAUUCAAUACUUAACAUCCUUACUUAUUAUUGGAGGUCAUUCGAUAUGGAUCCAAUGGUUCUUUGCGGAUCGCAGUUUCCGGACGAUGCAGAGGGAGAUUAUUCUUAUGGCAUAUUAAGUAGAGUUAUGAUGUGCGUAGAAGCAGGAAAACCCCUUAUCUUGACUGAUCUGGAUAGUAUAUAUGGUAGCUUGUAUGACUUGUGGAAUCAGAAUUAUAUAACACAAGGUAGCAAAGACAAUCCCAAAUAUUAUACAAGAAUAGCUUUGGGGGCUUACGCCAAUCCAAUGUGUUAUGUGCAUCCGAAUUUCAGAUGUGUCCUUGUCUUUGAUGAGAAGCUAGUAUAUGACGCAGACCCUCCGCUUUUGAAUCGGUUUGAAAAGCAACGAUUAACUAUCAACGAUACGCUCACGAAAGAGCAAUGUCGUUUAUACCGUCAACUUGAAACCUGGGUCAAGUCUAUAUCAACAAUAAUGAGAAUGGAAGGUAUAAAUACAACUGGCGGAUUUACCGAAGCAGACCUAUUUAUCGGGUACGACAAGGAUGAAACACUACAGAGUCUUGUGAUUGACGAAUGCAAGAAAAGUUUGUCGCGUGAUAAUGAGGAUAUUUUAGAGCGCUGUAAAGAAAGAUUGAUAAAAAUCGCGUCAUCUGAUGGCUUAGUUAGGGCUACUCAUUCCGUGUUAGCUAUCGAGUCGGAUGAAGUGAUAAAUUGGACUUCUUACUUUGACCGCGGAGAGCAUGAUCAUAUAGCAGCGUAUUUUGGACCAUUAAUUGCAAAUUCUCUAUACAAUGAAGGGUAUCAAUUAAUAAUACAUACAUUCAGCAAUAUUAACACGGAUGUAAAGGGAUGCUUGGAAGGAAUUUUGAAAUGUCAAGUAGACAAGCUAUCGACAUUUAAAGCUGAGGCUCAACUACAGAGCAGAGUCAAGCAUUUCUGGUUUGAGAGCGACGAUGAGCUGCUCCUUCUGCAGUGUGACUUAUCGACAACAAGAGCGGGUAAUAUUAGAUUGGCAAAGUUGAUUAUUGAACAGUUGCGCAACGAAUACUUUGCAAGAAGACAACGCAAUGAGUAUGUAAACAUGCCAGCAAAACAUGCAUGUAUUAUAUUGCAUCAUCAUAGGGAUCAGACAAACACAAGUUUCUUCAACUUCAUGUGUGGAUGGGAACAAGUAACUAUUGAGACUUUAGUGCCUCAAGAGAAACCCCUGUCUGCUCUCAUAGAAGGCGAUCUAGGUGAAGUAAUUAACUCAGCAUAUCCUUUCGAAGAGAUCUUGCAACAAGAAUUAUUAUGGUGUCUACUUUGUAUUAAAUAUCCAGAUUCUUCACAAUCAAUCGAGCAUGUUCGACGAUUGAUAGAGGAAAUUCCAAACAAGAAAGCAUUCGUAGAUAUUUUGAAGAUGAGAAUUAUGCAAUGGAUUGACGAGAAUACUAGGCCAAACUGGCGGUUACGUGUGGCAUCAGAUAAAAGUGCUAUUUACUUGCAUUCUUCGUUCGCAGACGCUCUAUUAGCUUAUAUUCGUGUCCUGGUCAGGAAACCCAUUGCGCAGCUGUUAUAUGCAUUGGAAAAGCACUGCGCACUCCUGACGUUCUUCAACAUUACUGACGAUUUGAAAGAAGAUGAAGAGCUGAUUGAAUUCUGGAAGAGCAUGUAUCUAAACAAGAAGAUUAUUGACAUUGAGGCGAUCAAAGAGCCUGGACCAGACGGCUAUUCUAUAGCUAGCGGCUUACAUGACCUUCAUUUCCCAUUCUCGUAUUACUUUAUGAACCAAAUUAAUAGCUUCAAGAAAAUAUAUGUUGACGAUAUUGCCGAAUUGGAGGAAGAUGAAAACAACUUCGAUGAAAACGGCGAACUCAAUAAGAAAGUUGUAGAGGCUUAUCUUGACAAAUUCGAAGAUAGCAUUUUCUCAGCGUUACCAACACUUAGAUCUGCACCGUUGCGACGUUUUUCAAAACUUUACUUUAGAGAUUUUGUGACAGUGAUUGCGUCCAAUCAUGGUGGUGCCAAGAUUACCGGAAUCCUAAUGUCUCUUUUAAGCCGUCUUAUGGGUGAAGACAAAGUUUUGAACCCCAUCCUGUUGCACGUAUAUUGGUGGACGAAAUCAAAUGCUGUUUUAGCGCAAAUGCAGUUAGCUUCAUUGUUCCCGACUAUUAUGGAGAAUUUAGACGAUUACGAGAAUUAUGGAGAAACAUUUGAACAACUUAUUGUUAAUAAAGUGUCUCGAAUUUUCCUGGAUGAACUACAGCGACUUUCUGGCGAAGAAGACAUUCAUAGCAAGGCGAUAAAGUGGCAGCUGGACGUCACUCAUAUUAUGUCCCUUUGCGUCCAACUUCCCGGAUAUAAGGAGGUGAUAUUAUUCCAGCUACUCAGGAUUUGUAAUGAUUUGCUUUCUACACAAGCUAUUCCUGUUGACCACCUUACAAACAUUAUCAAUUUUGAUGAAGAUUUUCUUUCUGCGAAUUUCUUGAACGAUGUACUCAACACUUUGGACAAUCUUGAGCCAACGGAAAAGAACCUAACUUCACGUCAAUCAUUCUUGUUACGGUUUUUAAAUAUGAUUGAGAACGAUUCGGAAGUUCAACUGUUCCUUUAUGAUAAAAUAUUCCAACCUGCAGAACCAUUGCGUUUUACAGCGGCCGUCAUUCUUCGCAUCAUAUCUGCAGAAGACAUAGAGAAUGAUAAUAUAUUACUAUUACUUGUGCGAAGUCCUACGGAUGUAUUCGCAAAGUCCAGACGCCUAGAAGCUAUUAACCGCCGAUUGAAGAUGCACGAUCCGAAUACCCAAAUGAUAACACUUUGUUGUGACAUCAUUCAGCAGAAAUUCAGCGAACUAAACCUCCAAGAACUUUCUGGAUUCUUCCACGACGCGUCUCAGGCAAUACGUGGGACAAUGUCAGAACCAUUGCAACGCAUAUGCUCUAUUGCGCUUUUGAAACAAUUUGUUCAGGAGUUUUGGGAAUCUGCUGGUUUGGAUAAGCCAACCGUUCAGCAAAUUGAGUUUAAUUUUAUGCUGACAGACGACAUUCAAACGCUUAUAGUUGAACUGAAUAACGCCAUGGGAUUCAAUCAUCCACAAAUUCAUUCGCUAAAAGUUUAUUUUUUGAAAAAUCUUCGAUCUCGUGGCUUUACCAUUGGCGACCUCAAGACAUUCUGCACGGUCCAGAAGGGGCUGCUACCUUGGUUGGCAAAUUUGCCAUGGGAUUACGUUAAUCAGACCAGUCGAAUCCCGUUCAAUCCUUAUGGCUUACUUCAGGAAUACGGUGAUGCAGAAAUAGCCUAUACUACGAUGACACGGAUGUUAGAUAAGGGUCAAUUAGGCGUUAUUGUGAAGAAUGCUUUGGAAGCUGAAAGUCUCAAUUCACGCAUUGCUCUUAUUGGUAUUAUCGUCAACCAUCUGUACGGUAUUAGAGCGUCACGUGAAAUGACCUAUAACGAAAAUGAGGUUGCAGAAUUCUUGCAAGGCCAAAUUGACGAGAACAAGUUUUCCGCAUCUUACAAACAUUUAGCCUUAAAUUUAAUUACCAAUAGCCACGCUUUAUUGACCGUUCGACAACAAACAGAUAAUGCAGAAUUUAUAAUGCGAUUGGUUCUCGUCCACAUCAUUGCAGUGCACGCGUCGCUGCCAGCAGAAUCUUCACCAUUGACUUUAUACUUGCAAGAGUUACCGGUUGUAAGAAAUCACUUUAUUCUGACAUGUCCUUCUGACGAGGAAACUAUGAUCAUCAACGCGCUCAAUGACGCACACCCUGGCAAAGGCAUUUCCCGAUAUCAAUGUCAAUGCGGCUACAAAUAUUUUGUCGCAGAUUGCGGAGACGUCAUGAUGGCGCUGCGAUGCCCCGAUUGUGCUGCAGAUCUGGGCGGUCAUCAGUACGGCGUACCAGCUGCUGGUCAACGUAGGUUGGAUGAUAAACCAAUCAAGCAUAAUGUCGGCAAUAAAGACAAACCAGGUUAUAUCGUCGAGGAUGUGAUGGAAGACGCUCGGCGAAACGUUCGCGCUCUCACGUCAGCAGCAUAUCGAAUUUUGCAUCUUUUCGUGCACGCUUUGAUUGGUGUGUCAGCUCCUUCACCAAACGUCAAUGCCUUCUUGAAUGCCAAUGGAAACCCAAUAAACGAUCCGAUCGCUUACUGUCGUAAUCAUAUAACAAACGACUGGGCCAUUUUAAAGACUCUCCUUGCAUGUGACGAUGAAACUUUAGCUUUAAUAAUACACAGUAUACUGUAUUCGAUUAUGGCAGACAAGCCUAAUAUGGACGCACAUAUAAAAACAGCAGCAGCCCGGGAUCAGUGGGAGCAAUAUUUCCGUGACAAGUAUGUGACUCCGAUUAUCAGGAACGUAGCAGCAACGGCAAUGGACAUGCGCACGAAAAUGGAAAGAGCUGAACCGGAGAAACAAAAAGCCGCUCUUGAAACAGAGAUAAACGAAACCUUAUUAUUGACGGACGAGUAUUCAAAGAAUCAUCUGCCAGGUUUAUGGAGAAAGGUUGUGGAUGUGAAUAGAGAAAGUUUUGCAGUUUAUUUCGCAAAUAAUGAACAGUACAAAGCAGCAUUCCCGUUCAUUAACGUGUUUUUCAAACACGAAGAGAAGCUGCUUCUAGUUAAACAUCUAUGGUCAAUUGUUAAAUUUACGCAGACAUUAACGAGUCGAUUGACAUAUCGUUUGACACGACAGAAAGCGCAACAGACAACCUUCCGCGAUUUUAUCACCAAUGAAGAACAAAAUG